GAGGCAGGCUCGAGCCAUUGGAUGAUAUCUGAUAAACGCGAGCUGUCCCUGGGCUGUCAGAUUGGCAGCACCCAGCCGCGUCGCUACGCGCACCGAUCAUGCGGGAACAAUGUGAGCUCUCGUCUCCUCCUCUUCAGCUAGCCCCUCUUCAGUCAAGAGGUGUUGUCGUGGUGAGACGGCGUUUUGUCGGGAGUAAAGGGACAGUUUUACUGCAACGCUAUCUCCAUAGCUCCGAAUGAGAGCAAGUGACCCGGAAGAAAGGUUGUUGCCUUGCUUUUGCCUGCCCGUGCACGGUGUAGUAGCAACGUCCAUGCGCCGUUUGCUAAUUUGAAAUUGGACCGAGCCAAUUGAGGACUUCGAGGCAGGUGUGCGGUGUCAUUCGUAAUUCUGCUGGCCAAAAGUGUAUACGCGGACAUUUUCCCGUCUCAUCUCAGAUGUGUAUGGACUUUAAUACCGGCCAAGCAGGCUCCUGUCGACGAGGUUGAUACAGUAUUUUGUUGCAGAGCGAAUUUCUUUCAGAUGUCUCCGUGUUCGCUUUGAGGAAAGGACAGACUAGGCUUUGGAUUUAAAGCCUGAGGAGGAGUGCGGAAUUCUCCGGAACGAGUGAAGAAUUGAGAUCACUGAUGCCCGUCUCUCCCGAAUAAGUCUCCCAGCUUUUGAUUUUUAUGACGGAAAGUGUACCCAGCGACGGUAGAACUGUUAGGAGACCUCUUCAACAUGAAUACAGACAGUGGAGGAUGCGCUCGCAGCAUCCUCUCCCACAUGAAGCGGGUCCAGAGCGUCCCCAAUCUGGCUACAGGGAGUGAUUCUCACUCGUCAGAUUCAGAUGCAUGGAGGUCGCGUAGCACCGACGGCCUGAGGAACGGCGACGACGUCACUUCUUCCCUGGCCGCCAAGGGCUUCCGCAGCGUCAGACCCAACCUGCAAGACAAGAAGUCCCCCACACAGGCUGUCAAUCAGGUCCCCCUCCCGCCCCCUAGGAGAGAGAGCUACCCCUCCCCCGCCACAGGUGCUAUCCCCCCCUCCUACAGCUCCCUCCUAGCCGAGACCCUCGGACCCGGGAUGCUAGCCCUCUCCAACGAGAAGGCCGUCCUCAAAGAGUCUUACACAGUCAAGAGCACGUCUUCUUACUCCCACAAUCAGACUACUACCACCACUUCUGCACCCCAAUCUGAACCCGAACCCAACCCCCAGCCCCCACAAACAAAACCUCAGUCUCCCCUCGCCAACCCCAUCCCCAAUGACACCAGCAAGGUCAAAGCCUCCACAGCUACUUCCUCCACCACCACCCAGCUUCAGGCUGCAGAGCGCAAGGUGUCCUCCCUCAGACUCACCCCCGUCACCAUCCCUGAUCCCCCCUCCCACCAGCCCGUCCCCCAGCCUGAGACUCUCACCACCUCCCUUCCUCCCCUAACCUUCCCACGUACAGACUCCUCCAUCGGCCCCCAAAGCCAGCACACAGCCUCCCUCUCUGUCCAGAUGGCCCCGCGGAACCCCAAACCACCAGGCUCCAAGGCCCCAGCUUCUGACCAUGGGGAGGGCAGGAAGGUGAAGGCCCCCCCUCCAGUUCCACCUCUACCGUCUGCAGCGAAUGUGGUGGGCCAAGCUAUUCAAGUGGCUAUGAAUGGAAGUGCGCCCCACCCCCAGAGACCCUCCUCACCCCCGGCCUACCCCCCUCUCCCCGCCUCGUUCAGCCCAGGGGUGGUUCACAUGCAGAGUCGGAGCGCAGGUUCAGAGUCGGUGAUGUCGGGCCACACCAGCGUGAGCAGCACGGUGCCCAUCGCCCGCUUUUCAGAGGAAGAGAAGAGGGUGUCUGUCAUCAAGGCCCCCCACUACGAGGGCAUCGGCCCCGUGGAUGACACGGGCAUCCCAAUCGCCAUUCGCACGACAGUGGAUAGGCCGAAGGACUGGUACAAGACCAUGUUCAAGCAGAUCCACAUGGUUCACAAAGCAGAUGACGACUAUGCCGACUCGUACAACGCCACAUACACUGUCAGCGGUGACAGUGACACAUAUGGUCAGUCCUCCAACCCCACCGUGGCCUACCCUCCCCCCAGGACACAAACGUACCGGCCCCUGGCCAAGAGCCCGUCGGACAACGGAGGCCCCGGGACCUUCAGGGAGCCCUCCCCCGUGCCACCGCCACCCCCGCCCAAGCCCUCCCUCCUACAGCUGAGGUCCAGAGACAGCGACCGGGAGCGAGACUCGCCCGACACCAUGAAUCAGUGGGGCCCUCCCGAUAGGAAAGUGGACACUAGAAAGUACCGCGCUGAACCCAGGAGUAUAUUUGAGUACGAGCCUGGGAAAUCAUCCAUUCUGGAGCAGGAGAGGCCGACCUAUAAGCUAAACCCAGAUGACAUAGAUUUAGAGAACGAGCCUUGGUAUAAGUUCUUUUCCGAGCUGGAGUUCGGCCGUCCGCCUCCUAAAAAACGUCUGGAUUAUAAUCCAGACAUCUGCCCUCGCCGACUCACAGAGACGUCGCUGUACUUCACUCCCACUGCUGACCGGGUUCCAGAGAGGCCGGCGAGUGCUGCCAGUGACUACAGAAAGAGGAGGAAGUCGGAGCCGUCAGGUGACCAGGGCAAGAACCAGGUCUCCCCAAAACCACCGGACCCUUACAAAGGCAGCAGCACACUGAGGAAACCUGCCAUCCGCUCCUCCCCCUCCUCCCCCUCCAGAGUCAAAGGUUUCCUCUCUCAUAGUGGGGUGACCACAGAAAAGAUUAGCGGUGGGGACACGUGCGAAAUGACCUACUCCCCCCGUUUGAGCUCUUCCCCGGGCCCGUACCUCCGCUCCCCUCUCGCCCCCAUGCCCUCCAACCUCGCCCACCGUCGCUACGACGACGAUGCCAACCCGGGGGGAGCCUCUUCGCCCUCCUCGCCCCUCAAGCGUGCCAUCUGCUUCAAGAACGGCUGGCAGACGCGGCGGCAGGACGCCGAGACAUGGAGCAGCACAGAAGACACGCCGCCCUCGCCCGCAAAGCUGAAGUCGCGUAGCUGCGACAACCUGCUCAACGACAGGCACCCAGGGGGCACCGGCGGGCACAAGGCUACCCGUUCGGAGAGCGCCGGGUCACUGGUAUUCGACAACCCAUUGGGGCAAACCGCAUCGUCCUCUACUCGCUCCUUGCCUCGCCCGCACCGGCGACGUGCCCACGACGCGCCAGGCUUCCUGAAGCUCUACCGCAAGAUGCACCACAUCGACCGCGCCCAGCUGCUACCCUCUGACGUCAUCCGCUCGGUCCGUGCCCGCAUCCUGGAGCUGGAGCGCCAGCCGCACCUCUUCCCCCGAAAACUCUCCCCCUGGGGUCCGUCGUGGGGCCUGGAGGUUCCUCGCGAUACGGUGCCAAUGCGCAUCUCCACGUACGAGCAACUCAUCCAGAAGUCCAAGUCCAUGCCCGACUUGGGAGAUAGCGAGGUCCCAUCUGGCGCAACCACGCCCGGCGGGUCAUCGUCCCGCGCCAGUAGUAGCGGGGGAGGAGGCGGCGGGGGCAGGGAGACACCCGGGUACCCCAAACGCCGUUUCUCCAUUGAGUCUCUGCUAGAAGAAGACAUUAACAAUGGGAAUGGUAACGGGACGUCUCAUCACACUUUUGACCACCAUCACGCUCACCAGGGGGCAAGGAACCCGCCCGAGGGUCAGCCCCGCCUCGCUCUGGAACCCCACCACCGCGAUUUCCCCGACCCCCUCGUUUAUCGACGCGCCACUGUCCCGGGGGCCGAGUACUCUGAGUCAGAGCAGGAUGCAGCCGCCUCGGACCUCAGUGACUUUGUCCAAGUCGAAGGAUCCUCCUUCUGCAGCGAGAGCGACUUCGACCACUGCUCGCUCACCUCGUCAGUCGAGAGCUUCUACGGCCCCUCCUCCCACCACCACCUUCGACACCACCACAGCCACAGCCACCACAACUCCAGUCAUCAGUCUCUCGGUCAGGGUCAGGGCUACCAGCACCGUCACCUCAUCAGCUCGUGUAAAGGACGCUGCCCGGCCUCCAACACCCGCUUUACCACUAUGCUGCGCCACGAGCGGGAGCAGGCCCGCCAGGAGCUCCGGCAGAAACCCCCCCAGACACAGCAAACCAGACACGGGGGAAGGGGAGGGAGCGGAGGGGACCUCCAUGCCCUACCCCCCUCGUCCCAAGCAGCCCAAACCCAGCAGGGGAUGUCCAAACUGGCCUUCCUCAUCAGUCCCGUGCCUUUCCGAAGGAAAAAGGGUGAUUCUCCACCCACUUCGAGAAGGAGUAGUGGAGGUCGAAGUACCAGGCCCAAGUCUAAAGAAGCCGUCUAUGAAGCUUUGGAUGCGGCCUUGAGGGAUAUCUACGAACACAUCCAAGCGGAGCGAGGCCGGAGCGGCGCUAGGCUACCAGACGAUAGCAUCCUCCGGAGGCUACUGGCUGAGAUCCUCCCGGAUGUGCCCGAGAGGAGCUCCUCGUUGCGGGGACAGAGGGGGAGCCGCAAGGGGGGUCCCUCCUCGAGCUCCUCGUACCCCGACGGGAGUCCCACGGGGUACAGCUCGUCACCGCAGCUACAGUCGCCGCUAAGUACCUCUUACAGUCUCCAUACAGAUGCCUCCAAUAACAACGACUUUGGAGAGGAGCCAGGCAACGCAGAGCAGGAUGCCUCCAGGGGGUACAACACAACCACCAGCGAUGGGGGAGGGGGGCAGACCAGACGAGCCACCCCGGACAGAGAGGUCUCCCAUAAGCAGAUGACCCAACUCAUUCUCUUCUCUCUCCUCCAUCAGAAACAGCCUGCCAGAGCUAUAUAUGACUUUAAGGCACAGACCGCUAAAGAGCUGACGUUCAAGAAGGGCGACGCGGUCAACAUCAUCAGACAGAUUGACAGCAACUGGUACGAGGGGGAGCACCGCGGACGACUGGGCAUCUUCCCCAUCUCCUACAUAGAGAAGAUGCCGUUGCCAGAUAAGCAGCAGCCGAUUAGGCCUCCUCCACCAGCACACGUCAGAGAGAUCGGGGAGGGGGUGGCCCGUUACAACUUCAACGCUGACACAAACGUGGAGCUGUCCCUCCGCAAGGGUGAGAGGGUAGUCUUGCUGAGACAGGUGGACCAGAACUGGUACGAGGGGAACAUCCCAGACACCACCAAGCAGGGCAUCUUCCCUGUGGCCUACAUAGACAUCGUCAAACGCUCGCCCUCCAAGAGCCCCGCCCCCUCCCACCAGCCAGACCCACACGGCUACCCCAGCAACAGGACACAGGGCUCCACGCCCACCAAGAGGUUUGUGCAGGAUUUGCUCCAUGGUGGUGGAGACCCUUUCCAGGCCCUGUACAACUACCUGCCCCGUAACGAGGAUGAGCUGGAGCUGAAGGAGGGGGACGUCGUGGACGUCAUGGAGAAGUGUGACGACGGCUGGUUUGUCGGGACUUCUCGACGGAGCAAGCAGUUUGGAACCUUCCCAGGAAACUACGUCAAGAAACUAUAAUGAUGAAUCCCGUCCACCCCCGCACCCUCCUUACUUGGACCCUUCCAUCUCUAGCACAACCCAUAUUGGACACAACCAACCCGGAGUAAAAUGAAGUUGCUCCUAGACACUGAUUUGGGUCAGUUUUGCACUUUCCCCACCAAUGGUUAUGGUUAGGAUUGGGGGAGGUGGAGCUGACCCUAGAUCUGUACCUAGGGGAAGCCUCACCCCGGAACAACACGCCCACACUGUCGGGUCAUCCAAGAAGCCUUUCCCAAGCGUGUGUGACGUCACAGCAAGUAUUUUGUUUUAGCUCUAACUAGCCAACUCUACAGGAGACUAUUCCACUAACUAAACGGUUAUUUUCUAAAUGAUGGAGUAGAGGUUGAAGAAGAUCCAUACUUUUGUAUUCCUGUCACCUCAGAUACUGAAGGAAGGGUAGCCAAACAAGAUGGCCACCUUUUUAGUGUUGACAUCUGCUGUUAUUUGAUUCAUUAGAUCUAUUUUGACCCAGUAAUGUAAUAACUUGCAUUGAUAAGUUGAUUGUGUAACAUUCAGAGAGGUCAAAUGUGGUAAAGAGAGAGUUAAAGAUGCCAAGUAAACUGCCACUCAGGAUUGCCUUGACAUCAUCAUGUCAGCCAUGUUUCUUUUCCCUUUUUCCUCAGUGUUAAAUGAGUACAGAGACACCCCCCCCCCCCCCUAAGCGUAUUAUCUGUAAUAGGAGGGCAUGGUAUUUUCAGAGCAGUAUUGUCAUAGGACAUUGCAACACAUUUUCAAUGUUUAGUCAUUUGGCAAAUGCUCUUAUCCACACCGACUUUCAAUAAGCAACACGAAACAACCACAGCGUUAUUAGUACAAAAAUCUUUAUCCGAUGUUACAUGUUCAUACCCCAACACAGGAACACUCACCUAAUUCCCCAGUGAAAAUGAUGAUGCUGUGUAAUCCAUGAUACCCAAAAGUGUUACGGGAUACCACGGGAUAGAGUAUGACAUGUUUGGAGGCAAAUGCAUUGAUAUUGAAUGCAUAUAUGUAUAUCCAGAGCCUUUUAUUCGCACCGGAAGGUUCUGGAUAUCUGCCCGCUAUGGGUCUACACAGUCAAUUCCAGUUUUUCAUUUUAGUGUUUGCAAACUCCUAUAUGGAUGAGUUAUUUCAAAUGUGGAAGUGGCAAUCGUUGAUAUUUCAUUUUGAACCCUUCUGCUUGAACAAGUACAGUACAUUUUGUACUUUUGAUGGAAGUAAUAUUUAUAGAUCUGGGAUUUUAUUGAUUGGUUGACUUGGCGUUUUAUCCUUUCUCUCUCGUGUAAAAAUUUCUGAGUUUACACUACGGAUUUUACAAGUGAAAGCUAGAUUGGAUUGUCGAUAGGGCUUUGGGAGUUUGAUACAUAUGCAAAAGCAACUAGUUUUCCCCACUUUUUUCCGUAUGUAUAGAUGUUUAUAAUGGGGGAAAAGUAUUGAAUAUUGAUGAAACGUCAUUUAGACGUCUCCGUCCAUAGAUAUAACUCAUGGAAUGGAUGGAGCAGCAUCAGUUUCUCAGCUUACUUUGUGUACUUUCUUUUAGUUGAAGUGGCCUAAAGUUGACGUGUACUUUUGGCUAAUUUCAACCGCAGCAAAUCCCCUUGUCAUGUUUAAGAUAACGAGACAAUAGGCCAAUUUUUGUUCCCAGUCAAGUCUGACAUUUUACAUUUGUCAAUAUACAACAAACGUUCAGGUCUCAACAAUAAAACAACCCUCCUUUUUUGAAAUGGUGUUUAUUUUAUUCGAUGACGAGGUUUUCUUUUUACGAUUGCUGUUGAAUACCGUAUUAGGAAUGUUGCCACAUUCGUUGCAUUUUUUGUCCAAAUGGGAUGUUUUACUUCACUCUAAUAUAAUCAGAUAAGCGGUGUAAAUUAAUUUGAUUGAAUUAUACAGUUAAGUUCCUGGAGUAGUUUUUUUCUCUAUAGGUAAUUCUGACGGCGACCUUUUUUAGUGUCCGGGAUGAAUGAAACGAUUAGAGAGAGUCACUGCAAUAGCUUAUAACAAUGUAUUUGAAUAACAUUGGUUAGGCAUACUUUUUGUGUUCCAUGAAUAUGAUUUAUGACAUUUUGUUUUUGCCUUUUUCGUGUGUAAAUGAGUAUGUAUUCAUAUAGGAAGGACACUGCCCACAGAACAAUCGUUUAAGCACCUUAAUAUGUAAUUACUUUAUUUUUUGGUUUCUGUCUUUGGUUGGUUUUGUUCUAGUUUAUUUUUCCCCUUUUCAUUCACUCUUCCCUGGGUCGUGUUCAUUUAGGCACCAAAAGAAAACGGACUCCCUGGACAUGCCCAAUAAGAAAUGCACAUUUUCAUGUUCUGUUGCAAACGUUUCCCGUUGCUAUCCCCAAUGAACACGGCCCUGGCAUGUGAGAGCACUGCGUGUCUGUUCUUUUGUAUGGAGCUGUUAAAUCGAUGACACCGAUCCACUGCUUUAUAAACUCUUAUUUUUCUCACCCAC